CGUAGAUUUCUUGAUUCAUAAUAAAACGAACAUAUGCCAAUAAUAAUGCUGCAUUAUCAGGUAAAGUUGACUCGUCCAGUUGUAUAGAGAAAUGGGUCGAUGGUUGCUUAAGGGAAUUCUUUUAAUGAUAUCAGAUGCAGGUUUGUGUAAAACAAUUUUUAAAACCUCUUCAACGGCUGGUAAAAUUAACUUCUCUCCGAUAGUAUGCGGUUUUCCGGAUUUUAGCAAAAUGUAAGAUAGUAAAGGCAACACCGCACCCUGCAGCCCAGUUGACAAGAACGACAAGCUGUCAAGAUUAG